UUCUAUUUUUCAUUAGAAUUUCUACUUAUCUAGGAAGGCUAGGUAGGUUAUUAAGAGUAGGGUUUGAAGAAGGGAAAAACAGACCUCGAAAUCAAAAAUGGAAAAGGAGCAAGAAGAUGAAGUUGUAUGCUUGGACGAAUCAUUCUUCAUCAAUGACGAUUACCAAUUAACAACUUUUACAUUUGGGUCUCAAGUUCUUGAGCUAUUUUGCCUUAAUUCAGCUUCAACUGAUUUUGAUCUGACAGGUCAGUUGGUGUGGCCUGGAGCAGUGCUGCUCAAUGAAUACCUCUCAAAAAAUGCUGAGAUGCUUCAAGGACUUUCUCUUAUUGAGUUAGGUUCUGGUGUUGGUGUCACUGGAGUACUCUGUCGUAGAUUUUGCGAAAAAGUUCUGUUGACUGACCACAAUGAUGAAGUUCUUAAGAUCCUGAAGAAAAAUAUAGAUCUACAUGCAUCUUCUGAGGAAUGCCCUUGCUUGGAUUUGGUGGCUGACAAACUAGAAUGGGGAAAUUCUGACCAGAUAAAUGCAAUCGUGCAAAGAUACCCUGAAGGAUUUGAUCUUGUUCUUGGAGCUGAUAUCUGCUUCCAACAAUCCAGUAUUCCGUUGCUGUUUGAUACAGUUAAGCAACUUCUUGAAGUUAGAGGAAAAGGAAGAUGCAGAUUCAUUCUGGGCUAUGUUUCUCGUGCCAAAGUGAUGGAUCAAAUGGUGCUCAAUGAGGCCCUGGUACACGGCUUGUCAAUGAAAGAAGUUGAUGGAACCCGUUCAAUGGUUGGAAACUUGGAAGGGGUCAUUUACGAGAUUACCCUGUAGUAGAUCUUAAAACUUUGCUCCGUAAUUGGGAUGUGGAGCCUGUAAUGAAGUUUUGUUACAAAAGGAAAAUGAGAAUGAAAGAAGGCGCGGUUCAAAUGUGGUUCCACACUUCCCAGCUUCAGGUUUUAGACCAAAUACACAUUUCAGAUGGAUAGUAAGCAAGAAAGUGCAGCCUGAGGUAAUGGCACAGUCGAAAUUUGAGUCUCAGCUUACAAAGUGUGCUAUAUUCCAGACUAGUGGAACUGUAGCAUAACAUUGUGAAACGAUAACUGCAUACAUUCGUAGCUUUUAACAUCGACAUUUUCAUCUCGUCAGGGAUGAUAGUUAUAAGUUAUCAAUGUAUCAUACUAUCCUACAUCAGAUACUUCGAGAAGAUAGUUCAUCAGAUAUUUUUCGACUGUGCAAUUUA